ACAGGUGGCAGGGACUGGAGAACAGCUGAUCGCUGAUCUGAUCACUCACUUGCUGACCAGUGGCCCCGUGUCCAGCCCCUCGUGGCCCUCGCCGUGGCUUGCGUGCUUCCCUGGACCACCCUGGACUCUUUGGACAGAUGAGCGCUCCCUAACUCCUUGCUGAUCCCACGUGUCGUUGCUGUCAUUGACAAUCCGCCGUCGAGUCCUCCAGUUUGUGGACUAAAAUGGCAUUGGCUGGCAAGGGGCGAGGGGCCUCCCAUUCCCACUCCCACUAUGAGGAAGAUAUUUCAGCGAUGGCAGGCCCGUCUUCGGAGACAACACCCCUGUUGGGACGGUCUUCCUCUCCAGAAACCAUGGAAGGGAAGAGGACUACCCAGUAUUUGGGUGCUGUGACGGUGUGCCUCUCCGCUAUGGCGGUAGGCUCCACCAUGGGGUGGACCAGUGCAGCUGAUUCGCUCAAAAACAAAACCCAUGAUUUCCACAUAACUGAAGAGGAAUUUGCAUGGGUCGGCGCUUUCCUGUCCAUCGGUGCCAUAUUUGGAGCCAUUCCACUUGGCUUUCUUGCCAAUGUGAUCGGCAGGAAGAUGGUUAUAAUUGCUUUGGCACCUGCCAUGACCGCAGGGUACUUGCUACUGGCCUUUGCCAAUUCUCUGGCAAUGCUGUAUGUUGCUCGAUUUAUUUUAGGAGCAGUAACAGGAGCAUAUUGUGUGGUUGCACCUAUGUACACUGCUGAAAUAUCAGAAAACUCAAUUCGGGGAGUUCUUGGCAGUUAUUUUCAGCUGCUAAUCACUUCAGGAAUUCUCUUUGUUUAUGCACUGAAUGCCUGUGGAGUUUCUUUGAUGGCAAUAAACAUCACAUGUGCCUGCAUACCAGUUGUGAUGGGUGUUCUAGUUUUCUUCUUCUAUGAUACUCCUGUUUGGUAUUUGUCCAAGGGAAGAUCAGAGGAUGCAAGGAAAUCGCUCCAAUUUUUCCGUGGGACAGAUAAUGUUGAAAAUGAGCUUACUGCCAUUCAAGAGGGUAUUGAGGAGCGCAAGCGCUCCAAAGUAAAGUUCACGGAAGCCUUCUCUACACGUGAAGCCAAAAUGGGACUGUUCCUUGCACUGUCAGUGAUGCUGUUCCAGCAGUUCAGUGGAAUUAAUGCAGUUAUCUUUUAUUCCAAGCAAAUAUUCGAUGCUGCCCAUGCUGGCAUAGAAUCCAACCUUUCCACAGUCAUAGUAGGAGUUUGCCAAAUAUUAGCAACCUAUGUGUCUACAUUGAUGAUUGACCGCCUCGGCCGCAGACUCUUGUUGAUCUUUUCAGGGGCGAUGAUGGCGCUGUCAGGAGCACUUCUUGGUGUUUACUUCUACAUUCAAGAGACUGGUGAUGCAUCCAGUAUUGGCUGGUUACCAAUUACAUGCAUGGUUGUCUUUAUAAUCGUGUUCUCUUUGGGAUACGGUCCAAUUCCAUGGUUGUAUAUGUCUGAGGUCUUCUCAGAUCAAAUUAAGGAAACAGCAAUGUCCAUUGCCACUGUUGUUAACUGGGUAGCAGUCUUUGUUGUAACCAAGUUUUACAGUGAUUUGGUCAACAGUGUACACACUUACGGCACAUUUUGGAUCUUUACUAUUAUUUCAAUUAUUGGCUGUUUCUUUACUUUCUUCUGUGUUGUUGAGACGAAAGGGAAAGAUAUUUCUGAAGUACUUGCUGAACUCAGAGGUCGAAGGGCUAAUUCAAAUGUUGUGCAUCAUGAAAAGCAGGCAAAUGGCGGAGAAAGAUUUUAAAUUUAUUAUGGGUUUUUCCAACCCAGUUAUGAGCUCAGCACUUUUCUCUUAGUGUCUUGGGUACUUUUUGAUAAUGUAAAUAUUGAUAUCUUUAUUUUUAAAGUUUUCUAUUCUUGGUGUAUGUUUUGAAUGUUCAAAAUUUUUAAGCCAUCUUGCACAUUGCUGUUCUAGCUUUAAGCAGCAAACCUAAAUCUGAAAGACUGGUCUAGUGCAGUCACAUGUUUUUAUGAUAGUCCAUUUACUUAGUGAAUCUUCUUCACAAGCAACGCCGUUGUCCCUUUACAGUCAUUAUAAAACAUUUAGUGUUGUACUUUUUUUUCAUAGAAUAUUUAAAAUGUUGAUCUUAGACUUUAAGAGAUGAUAGUUUAUUGAAAACUUAAGCCUCAUAUUUUAAAUGUGCGGCCAGGUAAAGACUGCUAUGCCUGCAGGUUUGUGUUUUAAUAAUUUUUUUUGCAAGUUUUUUUAUAUGUAUGUGGCAGCUUUAGGGCCCUGCUUGUAGUUUAAGCAUCUCAUGAAACCUGCAUAUUAAAAUUAAGAUUACUUUAAUGAAAGUUACUAUUUGAAUAUGCUGAGGAACAUAUUUGAGGUAGAUAGUGGUCCUUAAAGUAAGAAAAGUGAUAUUUAUGAUUUUAGUUGUUUACUGUAUUGAUUUUAGAGAGUAGACUUUUGAUAUAUCUUGAUAGUAGAUAGGAACUCAUCACAUCCAUUUUACUGCGCAUCUCAUUCAAUAAAUAAAAUUUAUACUCAAUGGUG